AUCUCGGAAGAGGAAGAAGAAAAGAGGGGAGGAGGGACGUAGAUCUCCAUCUUGCACGCCUCUCUCCCCCCCCUUUUGCUUUCCAGGGCUUGCAGGUUCUCUUUGCUGGGGAUGGAAUGCUUGGUGGGGCUGGAGGGGUGGGGGUGAGGGUGUCAGCCAAAUACAGUGUUCGGUUACUGCUUUGUGGUUUGGGAGAAGAGAGGGAAGGAAGGCAUAAUAGAAUAGGAUCUUUGUCUUUCUUCAUGGUACGUUGCUGUGAAUUUAAACUUUGGCUUCUUGCAUAAGAACUGCCUUGCCCCUUUUCUGAUUAGUUCAGAUAAAUUACCUAGGAUUCUGCUUGUCAGGCAGGAGAAUGGCAGUUUCUGCCUGCAUGCUGUGUUCUGCUGCAACUGGAUGGGACCAGCUUAUUGGGUACACUGCAGGAAAUCCAUCAUGACUUUAAUAAUAGUGAGAACAUCCUAAAUUCACUCCAUCCCUUCAAUCAGAUGUGCCAGCCCCAUGGGAGACACCUGCUUCUGUUGUGGUCAGUGAAAUGGAGCAAGCAAUGAGGAUGAACGCAUGUGUCCCCCAGUGAAGACUGUGAAGCCAAUAUCUCACCUAGUGCAUUCCAUCAGUCAGACCCGGAGCAUCCCUCUUGAUAAAGACACUGAGUGUUGCACUUAACCUGUCCUUCACUGAGAUCCCUGGAUCUUUCAUAUUCAUUGGGUGAGGAACAUCAGGGUGCAGAGUCCUCCCUGUGACCAUUAUGGAGCCUGGAGCCCACGGUCAGCAGGAGGCAUCUACCACGUCUAGCAUGCAGAGAGCAGAAAGCAUUGCCUCUGAGUUAAAUGAUGCCUUGCGAUAUGGCCAGAGGGAAAAGGUGCUGGAGCUGCUGGAGAAUGGGGCAGAUGUGAACUCCAAAGUAGAAUUUGGAUGGACGCCGCUUCACAGUGCUGUGCAAUCUGGUGACAAGGAGAUGGUCCAACUCUUGCUGGACAAAGGUGCGUGCCCACACGCCAGGAAGGAUAAUGGUGGCACUGUGUUUAUUGAGGCAGCCAUGGUGGGAAACGUGGAAAUCCUGGAGCUCCUUUUUGGUUGUGGGUUUAACAUUAAUGACAGUGACAAUAAUGGAUUCACUGCUUUCAUGGAAGCUGCUUGGUAUGGGAAGGAGGAAGCCUUGCGGUUCCUGCAUAGCAAAGGUGCAGACGUGAAUAUGAGAAGGAAUGCCAGUGAGGAGAAGAAGAAACUGAACAAGGGAGGGAAGGCUGCACUGAUGGAUGCCUGCUGGGGAGGCCACUUCUCAGUGGUAAAAACUCUUAUCCAGGAGAUGGGGGCUGAUGUGAACAUUUGUGACAAUGAAGGUAGGAAUGCCUUGAUCCAUGCCCUCAAAGAUUAUCAAAGGGGAAAAAGUGAGUCGGAUGUCUUUGAAAUAGGCCGUUUCCUGCUGGACCAUGGUAUUGAUGUCAACUGCAAAGAUGAAGCUGGCAGAACUGCCCUCAUUCUAGCUGUGCAAAGGAAGAAUACAAGUUUGGUGAAAGCUCUGUUGGACAGGGAGGACAUAAAUAUUGAUGACGCGGAUGAGGAUGGCCAAACAGCUCUGAUGGUGGCUGUAGAGAAAAACGCUUAUGAUAUAGCAGAGAUGCUGUGUAAAAAAGGUGCAAGGGCUGACACUGGGAAACUUAUUGCUGUUGCAAAUAGGAACCGUGCUAGUGAAAUGGCAUGCCUCCUUCUGAAGUAUAACACCGAGUUUGUUCCAACACAACGUGACAACUGGGAGCCAAAGAGCAAACGUUGGAGGCACCAGCUGCAAAGUCUUCAUAAAAUGUAUCGCCCCAUGAUUGGCAAAUUAAAGGUGUUUCAGUGCGUCUCUCAGAGAAUUCAGAGCGCUUCCCAGGGUGACAUCUACCUUGGGCUCUACGAUGGGAUGGAGGUGGCAGUAUGGAUACACCGCCGUGCAGAAGGCGUCAAGGAGAAAACAUUCCUUGACCAAUGUGGGAGCUGCGAACAUCUACUGAAGCUCUUCCAAUCUGAGCAAGAAAAGGGCUGCAUGUAUUUGUGCUUCACUCUCUGGGAGAAAAACCUCGAGGAGCAUCUGCAGGACCCAGAAGACCAAAAGGAUUACAAAGGCAUCCUGAAGAUGAUCUUCCAGGCAGUGAGAGAGCUGCACUCACUUGGGUUUGCUCACCAGGCUCUGCAUCCCAAGAACUUCCUGAUAGAUUUAGGUGGCAAAAUUUACUUGGCGGAUUUUGAUAACACCAGAAAGCUGACUGAAGGCAAAACAGAACUUAUCAACAAAGACUUAGAGAACCUCAGCAAGCUCAUGCUGUAUGUUUUAACCGGGGGUAAGAAGCCCCUUAAUGAAGUCAGUACUGAGGAUAUGGCUGCAGUUUCCAUGGAUCAUGAGGAGGCUUUGGACCUUAUUGAUAGCCUGGCCUCUCAUGAUGAACGGGGCUUGGAAGGUCUGAGCGAGCACCCUUAUUUCUGGAGCAAGCAGAGGAAGUUCAACACCCUGAAGAAUAUAUGGAAUAAAAUCAAAGAUCUGACUGAUGAUGAUAAAAAGGAUGCUUAUAACACUCUUAAUGCUGGAGAACCUAUUCCUUACCCAAACUGGACUAAGCAGAUUGAUCCAGAGAUUCUGUGCAUCAUGAGUAAUUCCAGUGUUGGGAAAAAAUUCAUCUACACAAAAAAGAUCACAGACCUACUGAGGCUCAUCAGAAAUCUGGAUGAACACCCUAAUAAGAGGAUCAGUGAAAUAACAGGAGACUAUGCUGAGUAUUUCCUGAAGCUCUUUCCAAAACUGACCAUUUAUGUCUACAACCGUUUACGCCAGCAUCCCAGAUACAGUCACUUCAUAGACAUUCAGGACCCUUCUCCAUAGGAGGCCAUUGUGUCACGUCCCGUGGAUGAUCCCACUUUCUCUGCCUCUUUCAGCUGCAAAAGGGUUGAAGAAAGUGGGUAAGGAGAUGAGAGCACAGGCAGGGGACUUGGUCUGAGGAAGUGGAAUAUGGUUCAGGAGUGUCUGGUGUAGGAACCAUGGGCUUGGGAGAGGAGCCAAGCUCAGUGAACCUCCCUAUCUCUCCAAGCUUGACUACCCCUUGGAGAUGGAGACCUUGUGGCAUCUUGAUUGUCCCAGGGGUUUCUUGUUUCCCUGUUAACAGCUUUCAGGAGGUGGCACAAUGGUUACAUAGUGCUUAUGGAAUAUUUUCCAGCUGUUGAAUGGGUUUUAAGUGCUUUGAAAAACUGACUGCUGUCCUACUAGCCUAUGCAGAGCCAAACUGGGAAUAAACUUGCUUGGAGAACUGA